AUGGGCAAGGCUGCGAAAAAGAAAUAUUCUGGAGCAACGUCAUCCAAACAAGUCUCUGCAGAAAAGCAUUUGAGUUCAGUGUUUAAAUUCAAUACCGAUUUAGGCCAGCAUAUUUUAAAGAAUCCUUUGGUGGCGCAAGGAAUUGUCGAUAAGGCACAAAUCAGGCCCUCAGAUGUUGUUUUGGAAGUCGGCCCCGGUACUGGUAACUUGACAGUAAGAAUUCUCGAACAAGCGAAAAACGUGGUUGCAGUGGAAAUGGAUCCUAGAAUGGCAGCAGAAUUGACUAAAAGAGUGCGUGGUACGUCCGUGGAGAAGAAACUAGAGAUUUUGCUAGGAGAUUUCAUGAAAACUGAGCUACCAUAUUUUGAUAUUUGCAUCAGUAAUACACCCUACCAAAUCUCAUCGCCCUUGGUUUUCAAAUUAAUUAACCAACCAAGACCGCCAAGAGUGUCCAUUCUUAUGUUCCAAAGAGAGUUCGCACUAAGAUUGUUGGCAAGACCUGGGGAUUCAUUAUAUUGUAGAUUAUCAGCCAACGUACAAAUGUGGGCUAAUGUCACACAUAUCAUGAAAGUGGGUAAGAAUAACUUCAGACCACCACCACAGGUGGAAUCCAGUGUCGUUAGACUAGAGAUCAAAAACCCAAGACCACAAGUGGACUAUAACGAAUGGGACGGCUUACUAAGAAUCGUAUUUGUGAGGAAAAACAGAAUGAUCUCGGCGGGAUUCAAAUCCACAUCCGUAAUGGACAUCUUGGAAAAGAACUACAAGACGUUCUUAGCAAUGAACAAUGAAAUGGUAGAUGAUACAAAAGGCUCCAUGCACGAUAUCAUCAAAGAAAAGAUCGAAACCGUGCUCAAAGAAACCGACCUGAGUGAUAAAAGAGCCGGAAAAUGUGAUCAAAAUGACUUCCUAAGGCUACUAUAUGCCUUCCACCAAGUUGGUAUCCAUUUUUCAUGA